UUAAACCCUAGUCAUCGAGAAUCCAGUACAGUAACCAUGGAGGCAGAUACUGUGACAGACUCUCGUAAUCUGAAAGUGAGUGACUUGUUAAAAGACGUUCGCUUCGAUUACGAUUCUCUAAGCCAGCUUGUGGAUGCUUCGGUUUCGUCGAUUAAAGAAGUUAUUGAUGGGAUCCCUGAAGAUUUUAAGGUUACCUCGGAGUUAGCUCCCAGUUUCGUUAAUGACAUUGGGGCAGAUAAAGUGGACUUCAGUUUUAAGAAGCCAAAUGGUUUCAGUCUUUGUGGCAGUUACUCCAUUCGUUGCAUGGCUAAGCCGGAUGCUUCUGUUGAUCUUCUUGUUCACAUGCCUAAGGAAUGUUUUUAUGAGAAGGAUUACAUGAAUCAUAGAUACCAUGCCAAAAGAUGUCUAUAUCUUUGUGUUAUUAAAAAGCAUUUGUUGUCGUCUUCGUCCAUCGAGAAGGUUGUAUGGUCAACCUUACAGAAUGAAGCUAGGAAGCCAGUCCUAGUUGUUUUCCCAGCUAAGAAACUUGAUCAGUUUCCUGGAUUUUCCAUAAGGAUAAUCCCUUCAGCAACAUCACUGUUUAAUGUCGCAAAGUUGAGUAUGAGCAGAAACAACGUCCGUUCUGUAACUGCAGAUGGUGUCCCUGAGCCCACACCGACUUACAACUCAAGCAUAUUGGAGGACAUGUUUCUUGAGGAAAAUUCUGAGUUUCUCAAAAAAACCUUUUCUGAGUGGCAGGAGUUGGGAGAUGCUUUGAUUUUGCUGAAGAUAUGGGCUAAACAAAGGAGCUCGAUAUAUGUUCAUGAUUGCUUGAAUGGAUUUCUAAUCACUGUGAUACUAGCUUACCUUGCAACCCAUGCCAAAAUUAACAAGGCACUAAAGGCAUUGGAUAUUUUCAGAGUAACACUGGACUUCAUAGCCACUUCUAAAUUAUGGGAGAGGGGUUUAUAUCUGCCGACACAGAGUGAAAUUCGUGUCUCGAAGGAGGAGAAGAUGCAGUUCAGAGAGUUGUUCCCUGUUGUUAUAUGCGAUUCAUCUACAUUUGUGAAUUUGACUUUCCGGAUGACCAGUGUUGGAUUUCAGGAGCUCCAAGAUGAGGCUUCUUUGAUUCUGAAAUGUAUGGAGAAACUGAGAGAUGGAGGAUUCGAGGAGAUUUUUAUGACUAAGAUUGACUUUCCUGUUAAGUAUGACCACUGCAUAAGGUUACAGCUAAAAGGGAAAACAGCAUUGUCUAUGUCAGGGUUUUGUUUGGACAAAGAGUGUUGGAGAAUAUAUGAGCAGAAAGUGCAUAGCUUGCUACUAGAAGGACUGGGUGACAGAGCAAAAUCAAUUCGUGUUGUUUGGAACAAUAUGGAUCAAGAUUGGCAUGUAGAAAAUGGCUUGUCAGUUCUUGACAGAGAACCUCUUUUCAUUGGCAUAUCUGUCAGCUCCACGGAAAAGGCUUUUAGAACAGUCGAUAUUGGGCCUGAUGCUGAAAACAAGAUAGAGGCACUUAGAUUCCGGAAGUUUUGGGGUGAGAAGUCUGAUUUAAGGAGGUUCAAAGAUGGAAGAAUAGCGGAAAGCACAGUUUGGGAAACUCAGCAGUGGGCCAGGCAUCUUAUCAUGAAACAUAUUGUUGAGUACAUCCUUAAGCGGCAUCUUUCACUAUCAUCCGAUGACAUAGUACAAUUAGUGGAGCAACUUGAUUUUUCUCUAAUCUAUGGGGAUAAAGACCCAAUAUCUUUAUCUGGAAAUUUGCUUCAAGUCUUUGAAAUUUUCUCGAAGUGCUUGCGUGAGAUUGAAGACAUACCUCUCAAAGUCUCUAGCGUUCAGCCAUUAGAUUCAGCUUUCAGGUCCACAUCCGUGUUCCCUCCUGAACCUCACCCAGUGGCUUGCGAAAAAAUUGAUUCUCGAAGACUGCAAAAACUUCUGCCAUCCUGCAUUCCAGCAAUGGAGGUCAUGAUUCAGCUAGAAGGUUCUGGUAACUGGCCCAUGGAUGAUUUGGCGAUUGAGAAAACAAAGUCUGCCUUCCUCCUGAAAAUUGCUGAGAGCCUUCAGAAUGUCAAGGGAAUACCAUGCACAGCUACUGAAGAUAAUGUCGAUGUUUUCAUUGGUGGUUACGCAUUUCGCCUGAGAAUAUUGCAUGAAAGAGGCCUGAGUUUGGUGAAGAGAGAAAUUGGAGCUGACCCAGUGAAGCAGGUUUCCUCGACCGAUAAAAUGCUUUUUAUUCGCAGUCAACAUGCAAGUAUGAUCAAUGGUUUGCAAGGUCGAUUUCCUACAUAUGCACCAGUUACCAGGCUUGCAAAAAGAUGGGUUGCUGCGCAUCUAUUUUCUGGUUGCCUGGCAGAAGAGGCCAUUGAACUUUUGGUUGCUCAUAUCUUCCUCACACCUCUUCCACUUGGUGUUCCUUGCUCCCGAAUUAAUGGAUUUUUAAGGUUUUUGCGAUUACUGGCAGACUAUGACUGGAUGUUCUUCCCGUUGAUUGUUGACAUAAACAAUGACUUUGGUAGAAAUGACGAGAAAGAGAUCAAUGAUAACUUUAUGUCAAGUAGAAAAGGCUACGAAGAGGACAGACAAAACAUAAGUUCAGCUAUGUUCUUGGCUGCUCCUUAUGAUAAAGCAUCAGAGGCAUGGACCACAACAAGACCAAAUUUAUCGGAACAAAAAAGGUUGGGGGCUUAUGCUCGAAGCAGUGCAAACGUGUUAAGCAAGUUGAUAUUGGAAGAACAUAAUGAUUCCGUUCAAUGGGAGUGCCUGUUCAGGACACCAUUGCACAACUAUGACGCAGUUAUUCUUCUCCAUAGAGACAAAUUACCUUACCCACGUCGUCUUUUGUUUCCAUCUGAACUAAAUCAAGGGAAGCAUGUUGCACGUGGAAAAGCGAGUAGAUUAUUUAACCCAUUUUUGUUGCCUGGAGAUUUGAAGAGAAGCCAUGAAGAGCUUAAGAAUAAGCUAAUGGUGGACUUUGAGCCGACCAAGUGCUUGUUGAGUGGGUUGCAGGAAGAGUUUGGGACGUUAAAGCCGUGGUAUGAUCAUAUAGGAGGCGACGCGAUUGGUUUAACAUGGAACAAACACAAUUCAAAGAAACGAGAACGUGAUGAAGAAGAAGAAAGUAAUCCAAUGGAGUUGUUAAAGGCAGUAGGCGAAAUGGGCAAAGGGAUGGUGAGGGAUAUCUAUAUGCUCAAGCCUCCACGCUUUGUCUAAGGCUUUCUCUUGAGUAAAAGGCGAGAAGGAUGAUGAUAAAUUGUAAACCUAUAGAACCUUAGAAUCUUGGGGGAAAUGAACAUCUAAUGUCAAAUUUUGUUUCAAAUGUGUUUAAGUUUAGUUUUGUUUGUUUACUCAUUAGUCUCAAGAAACCAAACACAUCACCUGUUGUGCGUCUUCCGUUGUCUCUAUACAAAAGCUUAACGACUUGGGUUUUCAAGACCUUUUCGAGAAGGUUUACUUA